CGGUGAACUGCGUCGGAUAUGUCGGGGGACCAAAGAACUAUGAUUAAGGGGUGCCCAUCCCAAUAUGUGAAGCUCAAUGUGGGAGGCACACUCUACUAUGCCACUAUUGGAACCCUUACAAAGUAUGAUAACAUGCUCAAGGCAAUGUUCAGUGGCAGAAUGGAGGUUUUAACAGAUGCAGAAGGAUGGAUUCUGGUGGACCGAUGCGGAAAGCACUUCGGCACUGUGCUCAACUACCUGCGGGAUGGCAGCGUCACUCUGCCCGACACGGCCCGGGAGCUGGCAGAGCUCUACACCGAGGCCAAGUACUACUGCAUCCAGGAGCUGGGCGAAGCAUGCGACAGCGCGCUGAAGAAGAUGACGGACCGCGACGUGCACCCGAUCUGCCGAAUUCCGCUCAUCACGAGUAACAGGGAGGAGCAGCAGCUCAUCAGCCAGAGCAACAAGCCUGUCGUCAAGCUGCUCAUCAACCGCCACAACAACAAGUACUCGUACACCAGCGCUUCCGACGAUAACAUGCUAAAGAACCUGGAGAUGUUCGACAAGUUGAGCCUGCGCUUCAGUCAUAGGGUGCUCUUCAUCAAGGACGUGACGGCCACCAACGAGAUCUGCAUGUGGACCUUCUACGGGCGGGGCCAGAAGGUGGCAGAGGUCUGCUGCACGUCCAUCGUCUACGCCACCGACAAGAAGCAUACGAAGGUGGAGUGUCCUGAGGCUCGCAUCUACGAGGAGACGCUCAACAUCAUGCUGUACGAGGACUGCGACUCGCCUGACGCCGAGCUGAUGCAGGCCACCGCCCGCCGGCCCGGCGCCUUCGGCUACACCAGCGACGACGAGGAGCAGACGGCCGGCGCCGGCGCCGGCGCCGGUACCGGCGCGCGCAGCAAGCACGGUCUCGAGCGGCUGCGCUCUAACAAGCAGGUGGCGCGCGCGACACCGGCGCCGCCACAGCCGCUCUGAGGUCGUGCCGGAGCCGCCACUGCAGCCGCUCUGAGGUCGCGCCAGUGGCGCCAUGGCUGCUCUGAGGUCGCGCCGGGGACGCCACUGCUGAUCUGAGGUCGCGCCGGGGGCGCCACUGCUGCUCUGAGGUCGCGCCGGGGGCACCACUGCUGCUCUGAGGUCGCGCCGGGGGCGCCACUGCUGCUCUGAGGUCGCGCCAGCGCCGUGUUCGCCUCCGCCGGUCGUGUGGCGCCAGCUCUCUUGAGUGGACGCGCGCUCGGGCGUAGCGCGCACCCCUCGGUCGGCAGGGGCGUUUGUAUUCACAGGCGUGCGAUAGGAGGGCGUGGUCGAGCCGGAGCCGGCCUGCGGAGCAGCGGUGUCGGGGCGGAGCGGCCGGCCGCGCCGUCCCGCGCCGGGCUCGUGCCCAGAACGGGGGCAGGCACGAACAGCUCCGGACAUGCCAUCAACUUUGUGCUCGGGCGAAUGCAAGUGUUAUCUCGACGGCUCUUGAUCCCGCCCAAGUCAAGAGGCGGCGGUUGUCGUUGGAAGUGAGGAUCGUGCUGUCACAACGGCGCGAACAUGCCAUUUUACCCCCUUCCCCCCUUACAAUAUGCCCGGCGUGAUGUCACAAUACUGCGCUGCAGCGUGUGCUGCGUGGGAUGAAGAUACUUAAGCUUUGUUAUACGGAUCGCUUGUCAUGUUUACCGUGUCUGAUGCCACUGUUACUGUUGACUGUGUCGCCGCGCUCCGGGCGGGGCGCCGUGGAGCGCGCCCGGCCGUGGUCGGCGAACGGUCCCGGUCGGGACAUACGUAAUCAAAUGCUGCGAGCCGAGCGGGGCUCGAUGCGCGCGCGUCCCCCCCCCCCGUGCCAGCUGUGAUAUGAAACCUAGCGAACCAGGGCGAAGGGAGACUCGUGGCCAGUCAUCGUGAUCGGAGCUGUGGUGUGCGACGUAUUCAUAAUAUAUUACCCCAGCGCCGCUGGGCGUGGAGCGCC